AUGGUGUCUUUCAAAGUCGACGGAACACCGGUGGACGAUCCGCCGUUCCCGGGUCCGCGACCGGCCCCACAACCCGCGCCGUCCACGGCUUGGUCCGGCCCGCCGGGCAAGGCCAGCAUCCUCACCCGCCAAUUUGCCGCGCUUCCCCUCAUCGCCCUCCUCUACACCGCCGCCGUCCCAUUCACGCCCGUCGUCUGGGUCCUCAACAUUGACGGAAGCUCCCUCUUCGACCGCCUCUUUGCCGGCAUCAUCAUGCUGUCGGCCUGCUAUUUCCAGUGGCGUAUCGCGGGGCUGACGUCCCCUCUCGCCGUCUUCCUCCCCGGCCCCAGCAACACGACGAUUCGAAAUGGACGCCUCGAGACUGGUUCGGGCACGGGAUUCGUGUGGCAUCCCAGCAAUUACUGGCCCUAUGUCAUCUGCGAGGCGAUGCUUUUGGGCGUGGCGGAGUUUGGCGGAAACGAAUUGGUGAGACGGGGUAUUGUUUGUGGUAUUAUUGCCGGGCUGUGGCUAGUCGGUUAUCAUGCCACUCCCGAGUCUACGAGACGGUGGGCUUACGAGAACGUAAAGGGCUGGCUGUUCUGGAUGGUGUUGGAUGAGAUUAUGCGUGUUGGAGGCAGGAGUUACAGCGGACGCCGUCGGAGAUGA